AUGACAUCUCAGUUCAAAGAUGAAAAGAAUAUCCCCAUCUCGAAACAGGAGUUCCCCGGCAGGGAUCGAGAUAUGCCCGAUCCCAAGCCUGUUCGCGAGGAGCUGCCCGAUGCAGGUGGAACAACCAAAACGUACAAAGCGGCAAAUAAACUCAAGGGCAAAAGAGCACUCAUAACAGGCGGCGAUAGUGGGAUUGGAGCAGCGACAGCAGUGUUAUUUGCUAAAGAAGGUGCCAUAUCAACAAUAGUAUAUCUUCCCGACGAAGAGCAGGAUGCGCAAGACACCAAGAAACAAAUCGAGGAGCUUGGGGGAACAUGUCAUCUCUUCUCCACAGACCUCGUGGAAAAGGAAAACUGUCAAAAGGCAGUCGAUUUUGCCCUGGAGAAGAUGAAUGGAAUAGACAUUCUUUUCAACAAUGCAGCGUAUCAAAUGAUGGUUGAGGACAUUCUCGACCUGCCUGACGACCAAUGGGUUCAUACGUUCAACAUAAACAUGCAUUCGUACUUUUUUAUGGCCAAGUACGCUCUCAAGCAUAUGAAGCGCGGCUCUGUCAUCAUACACAACGCUUCUAUUAAUGCAUAUAUUGGCCGACCGGAUCUUUUGGAUUACACGUCGACCAAAGGAGGCAUAAUCUCAUUUACGAGAGGCCUCAGCAACCAAUACAUCUCAAAAGGCAUCAGAGUCAAUGCUGUCGCCCCCGGUCCAGUAUGGACUCCGUUGAUUCCCGCAACGAUGAACGACAAAGCCCAGAAAGAAUUCACCAGUCCUAUGGGUCGACCAGCGCAGCCCUCCGAAAUCGCAACCUGUGUCGUAUUUUUGGCUUCCAUGGAUAGCUCAUGUGUUAGUGGACAGACCUUGCACUGUAACGGCGGAGUCGUGGUAAAUGGUUAG